AUGGCUCGCACGGUGGCAGCGCUCCUCGGGCGCCGGAAUCCCGUCGCGGAGGGAUGCGCUCCGGCGGGACCGCAGCGCUUUGCCGGAGCUCCCAAGCUGCCGCCGUGCUGCUCCUGGGUGGGAGAGAAGGACYGGGUCCACGGGGGACGUGGCGAGGAGCCCUGGGACUUCCACUGGUGCGACGUGGGCUGGCUGCACGAGCACUUCGACCACGCGAGCCUGCCCGAGCACGUGCGCCUCUGCCACUUCCGCAACCACUACGAGCUGACUCGGAAGAACUACCUAGUGAAGAACCUGAAGCGGUUUCGGAAGCAGCUGGAGAGAGAAGCGGGAAAGCUUGAGGCAACCAAAUGUGACUUUUUCCCAAAGACUUUCGAAAUGCCGUUAGAGUACCACUUGUUUGUGGAAGAGUUUCACAAGAAUCCUGGCACCACUUGGAUUAUGAAACCAGUUGGCAGGUCACAAGGCAAAGGAAUUUUUCUAUUCCGGAAACUCAAGGAUAUCAUUGAAUGGGGGAAGGAUGGACUCAGCACAGAUGAUCAGAAAGAUGAAACACAAGUAGAGGUUUAUGUAGCACAGCGAUAUAUUGAAAAUCCAUAUUUAAUAGGAGGUCGAAAGUUUGACUUAAGAGUUUAUGUUCUAGUGACAUCUUACAUCCCUCUGAAGGCCUGGCUGUACAGAGGUGGAUUUGCUCGCUUCUCGAAGACGCGAUUUACUCUGAAUACCAUAGAUGAUCAUUAUGUUCAUCUCACAAACGUCGCGGUGCAGAAGACRGCGCCUGACUACGAUCCAGAGAAGGGCUGCAAGUGGAUGAUUCAGCAGCUCAGGCAGUACCUGACUGCCAAGCACGGAGCAGAAGCGGUGGAAAUUCUCUUUGCGGAUAUGGACAACAUUUUCAUCAAGAGCCUUCAGAGCGUGCAGAAAGUGAUGAUCAGUGACAAACACUGCUUUGAGCUCUAUGGAUAUGACAUCUUGAUCGACCAGGAUCUGAAACCCUGGCUUAUUGAAGUAAACGCUUCACCUUCCCUCAUUGCCAGUAGCCAGGAAGACUAUGAACUCAAAUGUCAUCUCCUGAAAGACACACUGCAUAUUGUGGACAUGGAAGGCAGGCUGAGCGGGAAGGAGAAGCGCGUCGGAGGCUUUGACCUCAUCUGGAGCGACGGACCCGUGAGCCGGGAAGGAAACCUGGGCACGCCGCCGAGCGAGAGCUUCGUGGCCAACUCCCACCUAGGCUGCCACAAUGACAGGAAGAAACAACUGAAGCAGCUGUUCAGGAGUCUUCGUGCCCAGCAGAAAGCGGAAUGCUGACCCGAGACUGAGGAUGUGAGAAAUCCCACGGAAGAAUCUCUCUGUUCCUCAUAGUGCAGUGCAGCACUUCCCACUUUCUGGACUCUUGCUGCCCCAGCACCAGACUGUUGGUCAUGUUGGUUUGUAUUUUAACUGUUGCAGCUCCCAGGCUGGAGAAACCCUGAUGAAUGAAUCCUCUCCCAUAUAAACCAAGACCAGGAGUGA